AUGGGAUGUAUCUCGCAGCAGCAUCUGCGAUCCCGCUCAUUCUCCCAGAAACCCAGUGCCGACCUCCGCUUCCUCAACAGCACACACAACUUCGGCACACCACUCAACAUCGCUGCCGCCAACCUGCCUGAACGAAACACCUGUCCAAUCGUCCCCCGCUACCGGACCCAUGAGCCGUUGUCCGAAUAUGGGCUGGAUGUGGGUGACCAGCCCAGGUUGUGGAAGAGCGAUCGUCCACCCGGCGAGGUUGGGCUCGACUAG